AUGAAAUCGGUAGCCUUCAUGUUUUCGACCUUUAACCUCAUCAAUGUUGCGUUUAUGGUCACAGCACAAAGUCUUACAGUUUUUCCUGCUGAUUCAUUUGUUGAAAGUAUUGGCGUAAAUACACAUUGGACAUUUCCUAAUGUGUACACUUUAAACUAUACAGGUUUGAAAGCUAAAUUAGGUAAAUCUGGUAUUCGAUACAUACGUGAUGGAAGCAGUUCAGCAACUUAUGCACGAGCAAAAGACCUAUAUGAUAGUUUAGAAAUUAAAACAAAUAUGAUACCAGAACGACGUAAAUCUGGUNGAAAUUGA